AGGACACCUACGCUUCGGAGGAGCUGGUGGACCAGCAGCCCGUUCUGCUGAAGGUGAUGGACACCGCUGACCAGUGCCGCUGCCCCGUGCUCCUGCUGGGCAACAAGCUGGACAUGGAGCAGUACAGGCAGGUGCCAGCGGCCGAAGGGAUGUCACUGGCGAGCAGGUUCGGGUGCCUCUUCUACGAGGUGUCAGCAUGCCAGGACUUUGCAGGGGUGCAGCACGUCUUCCAUGAAGCCACGUCGCGGCCCACGCCGCUCCUGCCCACUCGCCACGGCUUGGCCAGCUGCACCUUCAACACGCUCUCCACCGUCAACUACAAGGAGAUCCCCUCGGUGGCCCAGGCCAAGCUGGUCACCGUCAAGUCCUCACGGGCUCAGAGCAAGAGGAAAGCUCCCACGCUCACCUUGUUGAAAGGCUUCAAGAUAUUUUAG